GUCUAGGGGCGAGAAGUCCGCCUGGAGCGAGCCUUGUGGAGGGUGUGUGAAAAAGGCCUUUCUCCCGUCAGAGAAACCAGACCCGUGAUCUCUUGAAUAUAUUAUAGCUGGUUGGCCAUUGUGCAAUAGUCAGGGAGGUAUGCAAUCCAGUUUCUAGGCGAACACGGCCACUCAGAGCAAGGACUAACUACACAGCGAUUCGUCUCAGUUUUGUGCAUGGUUACAUUCCGAGUAGUGACGAUCGGUUCUACGCGGAUCAAGUAGUGAUACGAAUCUUUUUUUGAGUUGCAUUGGAAGACGCUGCCUUCUACAGUUUUGAAAGGGAAACGAUUCGCCACAAUUYCAGACAUGGGAGCUACAACUUGAAGACAGACUAGGCAAACUGUUGCGGAUACAAGGAAAAACAACGAACAUAGCCUAAUUUUCUUGUUACCCACCGACAUUUAUUGGAGCUAACGUUAUCUAGCAGCUGAAGAACACGGAAUCAAGUAUACAAUUCUAACCACGGGUAUUGUCAAAGACCAACAGACAGACCGAGAUACACACAGAGCAGAAGCUAAAGGGGAGAGGAAGGCUGCCUGUCAGGGUCUCAUUGAUCCCCCCCGUUCCUCCGAUGAACCCCCUCAACUCCAUGAAACCCGGUCUGCCUCCCACUCCGCACAGUGACGGUAACUUCCUGUAUGACUCUGCCUCCUGGCAACAAGGCACCAAUCAACAGCCAGGAGCACUCUCCGUGGUAACUACCGUCUGGGGCGUGACCAAUCCCUCGCACAGCCAGGUGUUUGGAGCGCCCAUGGGUCCGGGCGGGAACUCUGGAGGUCACAUGAUGCAGAGCAGCAGUGGAGGUGGGGGGAUGAGUCCCGGUAUGAGCCACCAGUACCAGAGCUAUGGUGAUAAGGGCUACGGACAACCAGGCCUUUACGGCCGCCCCAACACCGCCUAUAACCAAGCACCGCCAUAUGGACAGAGUUACUCUAAUAAUGGUGGUGGCGGAGGGGGUAUGGGCCAACGCCCUCCCUCUGACUUCACCCAGGCUGCUGCCGCCGCGGUUGCCGCUGCUGCUGCCACGGCGACCGCCACUGCUACGGCUACUGUUGCUGCCAUCCAGGAGAAGCAGAAUCAGGAACUGAACUAUGGCCAGAUGGGUGGAGGCCCCUCCUACAGUACCCAGUUCCUGUCCCACCAGGGCCCCCAGCAGGGUGGCCCCCGUGGCCCCCCGGGCAUGAGCCCCAGUGGGAUGGUCCAGUCCCGGCCCGGGCAGCACCCCUCCAUGGGGGGCAUGGUGUACUCCUCGCACCCCUCCCAGGGUCAGGGCCAGAGGAUGCCCCAGCAACACCCAGGRUACCCAGGAGUCCAACAACAAGGGCUCAAACGCCCCUACCAAUCAGAGGGUUUCCCAGGGCAGCAGCAGUAUGGUUCAGGGGGGAUGUCUCCGUACCACGGUGGCCAGCCCCUCCAGUAUCCCCCUGGCCCCCAGCAGCACCAGCCCCAGUCCCCCUCCUACCACCCCAGCCAGCGUAUGCCCCCAAUGGGGCAGUACCAGCAAGGUCCACCCAAUCCUGCACAGUACUACAAGCAGGAGCAGCAGUAUAACGGGCAGCAGGGUAACAUGCCACCAGGAGCAUCAGGAGGCUACAAUGCCUUCACACAGGCUGCUGUCACCGCGCAGGGUAGCCGGGUGAUGCCGGGGUACCCCAGUUCUCCUCUGGGUGGUAACCCCACCCCUCCCAUGACUCCGGGCAGCAUGCCCCCCUACCUCUCCCCCGGUGGGCCAGGACCAGACACCAAGCCCCCCUACCUCCCCCAAGGCCCCGACGUCAAGCCCAACAUCAACUCCCUUCAGCCGCCCACUGGUAACCCUAGCGACGACCUGCGGCUGACCUUCCCGGUGCGCGACGGCGUGGUGCUUGAGCCGUUCCGAUUGGAGCACAACCUGGCGGUCAGCAACCACGCCUUCCAGCUGCGAGACUCCGUCUACAAGACCCUCAUGAUGAGGCCUGACCUGGAGCUGCAGUUUAAGUGUUAUCACCAUGAGGACCGGCAGAUGAACACUAACUGGCCCGCUUCCGUACAGGUACAAUCACACUUACAGGUSUCUGGUCCUUGCUUACAGGUGAGUGUGAACGCCACACCGCUCACCAUCGAGAGGGGCGACAACAAGACGUCCCACAAGCCCCUCUACCUCAAGCAGGUGUGUCAGCCGGGACGCAACACCAUCCAGAUCACUGUCACCGCCUGCUGCUGCUCCCACCUGUUUGUGUUGCAGCUGGUCCACAGGCCGUCAGUACGCUCGGUUCUUCAGGGAUUAAUGAAGAAGAGACUACUGCCCGCAGAGCACUGUGUCACUAAGAUUAAGAGGAACUUCAGUAGUGGGACCAUCCCCGGGACCCCAGGGCUGAACGGKGAGGACGGUGUGGAACAGACGGCAAUCAAAGUCUCCCUGAAAUGUCCUAUCACCUUCAGGCGCAUCCAGCUGCCUGCACGCGGACACGACUGUAGACACAUACAGUGUUUUGACCUGGAGUCGUACCUGCAGUUGAACUGUGAGAGAGGGACCUGGAGAUGCCCUGUGUGCAAUAAGACGGCGCUACUGGAGGGCCUAGAAGUGGACCAGUACAUGCUGGGCAUUCUAAUAUACAUACAGAAUUCGGACUAUGAGGAGAUCACCAUUGACCCAGUGUGUGGCUGGAGGCCGGUGCCAGUCAAACCAGAUAUCCACAUAAAGGAGGAAGCAGACGGGCCGGUGUUAAAACGCUGCCGGACGGUCAGCCCCAGUCACAUGAUGAUGCCCAGCGUCAUGGAGAUGAUCGCUGCCCUGGGACCAGCCUCACCCUACCAGGGUCAACCACCAGGGGGCAGGAACACACCUGACUACAACAGCCAAGCAGGCACAGGAUACUCUAGCCAGUCAGGCUUCUCUGACUUCCCCAACACCCCUGGAACUCCCACCCUGAGAGACUUCACCUCCCCCGGACCCCCUAACAUCUAUCAACAGGACCAGAUGUCCCAUUCUGGCCGUAUGGACCCUUCCCAUAAUGCCCUGCAGCAACAACAGCAGCACCAGCAGGGUCUCCACGGUAACCAGAGUCUCGGAAGCGGCGUUGGCGGACAGAUGCAGCAGCGGAACUCCAAUACCCAGAAUGCCCGGCUACAGGCGGAGGGCUCGUUCGGCCAGGGGGGUCCAGGAGGAACGGGGGUAGCGGGAGGAGGAGAGGGAGCGGAUCACGCCUUGGAUCUUCUCCCUGAGCUGACCAAUCCAGAUGAGCUGUUGUCCUACCUAGGUCCUCCAGAUCUACCUAGCAACAACAACGAUGACCUGCUCUCUCUGUUCGAGAACAACUGAAGACUCCCUUCUCGUUAAGGGACAACUUCAUCCUUCUAGAGGGGGAAGGGCAGAGGAGAGGGGGGCAAAAAGAAGAGAGCGGGUACAMACCGAGGGAUCCAUGUUUGUAUACUCUCUGUGGACCAGACCAACAGGCUUUCCCAAGGGAAGGUGCAGAGGUUAGGUAGUGAGAGAGACAUGACUGUUUCUGUCUGGGAACUCUGUCAAGACUAUAGUGUUUUUAGACUUAAUGUAAAGCGUCCCAUUGCACUCUGGAUCCAUCAAGUACAUUUUAAAAAAAUUCUGAGAAAGAGAAUGACUCUGUCCAAGACUGACUGACACUUGGGACUGCCUGCACAGGCCAGCCGCUAUAAUUGUAAUUCAAUGUUCUCAAAAAAUCACAAGCCGAAGGAUUUAACUUUUUUAAGGAUAUUUUUAGAAUCGAGAAAAAUAAAGUGUGUUAUGUUGACUUUCCAUUGUGUAUUUAUGAUUGUGGAACUUGUCAAUACAUGUGGAAUAGGCAUAGUGGAUCUCUGUUGACAUGACUUAGUGUCAUAAAGAAAGUAAGAGUGGUGUUCAUCCUAAAGGGGAGUUGUGAAUGCUGAAAUCAGGAUAUGCAGCCUCACAKCUGGGCAAUACAUACAGUACUCAGCUUACUGUAUCUAUACUUAGAUCAUACAAAYCCAGCACACAAAAGGAGAUGUGAGGGGAAUUUUCUCACGUACACUGAUCUAGACUUGUAGAGCAAGAGAGAUACAGAGAGAGAGGUGUUAUUUUUGUACUGGGUAGGGCACAAAGAGAGGGUAAGGGGGGGUGGGAGGAGAAGAGGGUUAGUCGGAUGAGUUCGAAGCCAGKUGGGGAACUCUCACCUCCAUUCACACCCUGUCUCUGGUAAUCCUCCCUUCUCUCUUGCUCUCCCUCCUUCAAGAUAACAACUAUACUGCUGAGACAUUUAAACAUGCACAAUUGUACACACAUACACUUUAAAGAAGGGAUCCCCAGUAAAGUCCUGUGCAUUGAUGGAGAGGGGGAGAAGUUGUUUCCCUUAUGUCAGGGAGUGAAUGUGUAUUCUCUCUCUCUUCCUCCUCUCCAGCCCAUCUCUUUCCAGCCCGUAACACACAUUUAAAACAAUACCAAGGUUUAAACAGCCUUUCUGCUUCCUCUCUCUUGGUCUUUAGCCUGAGGGGACUAUCUACCUGUCCCCACUCCUUUCCGAGGUUGUCAUUGGUUUGUAAAGUGUUUGUAUGAUAGGCCUUACUGUUCAUGGCACCAGAAGUUGGAUGUGCAAUGUUUUUUUUGUUGAAAAAAUCUGUAUGAUAUAAAUUGUUUUAUAAUCAUGACCAUAUUGCUAUUAGAGUAAUUCCAGAGUUGGUGAAGCUGUGRACAUCUGUCCUAUAUUUGUUUAAACUAGCAGAGGUCAUGAGUUKAGAAAUAUGUCAAAUUCAUGAUGUCAGUAGACUUACGGGGGCCUGCAUUCACAAAAUGUCUCAAGGUCCUGAUCUAGGAUCAGUUUUCCUUUUCAGACUAUAAUUAAUACAAUUAUAUGGGUGGGGGGGGCUAGGUCCUAGAUCAGCACUCCUAUUCUGAGAUGCUUUGUGAAUAUGGGCCCUGGUUACUAUAUAUGAGUGACUGUACAAAGGAUUUCAGAGACAACACCAGCAUCUGCUAGGUAACCAUUUUUCAUGUUUUAUUGUCUAGAUGAUGAUGCUUAAUAAGAGGCCCAUGUCAGUGAAUACAAUUAAUACACUGUUAAAUUGUCCUAUUAACUGCACACCAGUUUUUCUAAAAAUGUUAAAUAUUUCCAUUGUUUUAUAAGUAAAAAAUGUCACUUCUGA